AUGCCUCCAGCCCAACAUCCGAUCGCUACCAUCCUCUUUAUCUUAUUCAUCAUCUGGAUUAUUUUGCCCGACGGCGACUAUGCAAGCCAAUCUCCUUCUCUCUCUGAUCUUGCACAGGAGGGACUCGACCAUUUCCAGGAUGCGCUAGACGUGCUCAACGCCUCGCGCUGGGGCGAUUUCACACCAGCCCCGGAGAAAGGCUCCAAUGUGAAGUCUUCUUUUCUCAACAUUACGGGAUUCCGCGCCCAAGAUAACCUCACAUGGGGUGACUUGAAAAAGUUCCGCGAAAGGAGCUUGGCAUUCAGUCGACAUGCCGUACCACCAGUAGGGGGCCGCAGCUUAUGGGACGCUGGGCAAGGCGAGCCUAUGUGGAUGAAUGUUUCAGGAACUGUCCAUGGGGAAUGGGUCAAGCGCAAGGGCUCAGUGCCCAGAGGUUAUGACAGUUACAACCUGAGCCAAACUGCCCCUAACUUGGACUGGAUUGGGGAGCAUGCCCCCUGGGCACGAAACAUCACUGGCAGUACUGGGCGCAUCAUGCUGCGCCUUGAAGGGAACAAGACAGUCAGUGAAUACGAACAGUUGCCAGCUCAAAGUGGUGUCCCUGUUGCCGGUGGUCUCAUCCGAAGUGUCAGAGGUACAACAACUAUAGAAGACACAUACGGAUCUGGCCAUGACUGGGAAAUGAGGUUGUGGGGAAUCCAUUGGCCCCGUCAAGGUGUCGUUUUGAUGACUACCACCAGUGAGAAGUUUGAAGGCAUCUUCGGCUUACCACAUUUGACCCCAGGCGAGGACUUCUUCCAAUCAAGUCAGAAGCUCUUGAACGAAUCAAUUGCCCGUACAAUUGCAAGAAAGAAAGAUAACAUCUACGCGGAUCAGACAGUUCCCUGGACUUCUGACCUGGAGAACCCACUGUACACCAACAAUCCAUCACCACAUUGCGAGUACAUCAUGUAUGCGCAGGUCUAUCCACCAAGUCGAAGUCAUUUCAAUCUCGAUUCUGAGGAAUCGUCCAAGGACGUUUUACAGUCUUUUAUUGGCAGCAUCGAAUCAGAAUUACAGUCGCCUGUGGGCGCACCUAUUCCCAAAAUCCCCAAGCUCCAAAUGUCGGUCGUCAUCUACUCUCCGGACUGUGGAUUCUUUCUCGAGAGUAAGGGACCACCAGACUUUGGCCCAGGCGAGGCUCAGCAUUUGACUGGCAUGAAGUUGGAGGUUCAGGUCUACCAAGUGAAGACAUGGAUUCUUGCAUAUGCAGCCAUCAUGUUUGCCCAGGUCUUUCUACUCAAAAACCAGAUGCGCGAGUCUUGUACUCCUUCAACUAUGGGUCGUGUGAGUUUCUGGACCAUCGUAAUCAUGCUCAUGGUCGAUGGCAUGACUUUCACUGCUGCAGCUACCUGGGUGUCGUCUGCCGGUUCUACCUUUCUUCCCACUCUGUCCCUAUUGCUCGCUGCCUUCCUGUCUAUGACGAUCGGCGGAAGUUUCUCAUCAAAGAUUCACGAGGUUCAAAUCCCUGAAGCUCGACCUCGCAGAGAACGGGAUCAGAAUACCGGUAGUACAGGAAAUAUCUCCAAUGGUGCGGUCUCAUCCACCACGAGGCCGAACACGACCAGUUCUGCUCCGCCUUUGCCCAAUCAUGUCACGGCGCGUCAGCCGGUCACGACUCUGCCUCCGCCGCAGCCCGUCAUUGUCCCGUCCGAUCAGGAUAUUGAUGCUGAGAUUGCUGAAGCAGCAGCUGCCGUCGCCGGUGCUACAACUGCACAGCGCUCAGAGGAACCUCCGCUAUCGUUUCAGAAUAUCAUUGGACGUCUCAUUCUCGCCUCUCUAGGCAUCACAUUCCUAGCCAUCUCUUCCACGACAUGGUACCCCAACUUACGCUCCAUAUUUAUGAACCUUUGUGUUCUCGCCUAUCUUUCCCUCUGGACCCCUCAAAUUCGCCGAAAUAUCAGGCGCAACUGUCGUCGAGCUCUCGCAUGGCCAUUUGUCGUUGGCCAGUCCAUUCUACGUCUUCUCCCUGUGGCAUACUUUUGGACUAAAGAGGACAACUUUCUGUACGCUCGCUCCGAUCGACAUGCAUUUUUUGUCUUCUGUGCUUGGGUUUGGAUACAGCUCGUCAUCCUUGCUGCGCAAGAUAUAAUCGGCCCCCGUUUCGGUGUUCCUGCAGGCUGGGCUCCUGAUGCUUGGGAUUACCAUCCUCUCCUCCGUGAAGACGGACUGGAAGCCGGCGGUCUACCAAUUGGUCUUGUUGCAGAUGAUACACCUGGAAUUGAACGUGCCCGUUCCUCGGGUGAUGAUGGCAGCAAAAGGCAAAGCCCGGUGAGGAGCAUUGACUGUGCCAUCUGUCGUGAGAUUCUUGAGGUACCGGUACUUACAGCUGAGGACGAAGAUACGGGCGUUGCAGGCGUCUUUGCUCGCCGCUUUUACAUGGUCACGCCCUGCAGGCACAUAUUCCACAGUGGCUGCUUGGAAGGCUGGAUGAGAUUUCGGCUUCAGUGUCCCAUAUGUAGAGAGGAGCUACCACCGCUCUGA